ACCGUUAUCACGCGAACGUUGACACACGUCCGUUCUUUUCUUCGUUUUUAAACUCGACGAAUCCUCCCCACGUGACACUCUAUUAUUAUUUGAUCCUUUGUUUUUUUUCAUUUCUUUUCCUAAUCAUUAUACAACAGAACAAAAAGGAAAGAUCCGUUCGUCGAGAUAGUGUUCUUAUCGGAAAUGAUGCUUCGUGAAAAAAAAUCUAAAGAUUUUUGAUAUACGUCGAUCGAUAGAUAUCGUUCAAUCGUUAUCGAUCUCUUAAUUCUUUCGAUUGAUCCAAAUAUAUGCCAAAGAGAUUUCGAUGAACUUUUAAGACACGAUGUAUAAUUGAAUAGCUCGAUUGUUCGAUAAAGACUACAAAAAACACCGAUGAGCCGUACCAAUUGUUGACUCUUAUUCGUUUUCUUUUUAACAGUAUUUACUUUAUUUUGUUUGCCUUCAGUUAGAGGUGUGUUCUCCAACGUGUGAAGCUUUACCAAUCGAUCCCCGUCCGCGUGUGUUUUGUGCGGUGCUGUUACAAGAUUGACCCCUGCGGUUAUGUUGAAGCGUGUCGAAUGUAUCAGCAGGACCUAACGUAUCUCAAAGGAUCACCACCUUGGUACUUCGGUUGUGUCGGAUGUAAGGAUUUUCCUGGAUACAAUAGACGUCUGAGCGAGGCAUGUUAUGCGUCAAAAAAAUCAACGACGGUGGCUCGCGUGGAAGAUGAUGUGGUUAAGUAGAUAAAGAAAAAAAUAAAAGAGAGAGAGAGAGAGAGUGAGAGAGUGAGAGAGAGUGAGAGAGAGAGAGAGAGAGUGAGAGAGUGUGAGAGAGAGAGAGAGAGAGAGAGUGUGAGAAGACGGAGUGGGAGGUAAAGAGGGAGGAAGAAGAAGAAAGACCUGUCUUCAUCUUAGAAGACAUCAUCAAGAGAGACGAGAGGAAUCAUCAGCAGCUGAUUCUGAUUGGUGCACGAUGCUCUGCUAUCGCGCUCUUGUCUUUCUUUUUGCUGUCAACGUGCCAAUCGUGACAGGUCUAGAGCCAGACUUCCUUUACCCGCUGCAGAACGUAACGAUUCCGCAGGGUCGAGACGCUACCUUCACUUGCGUGGUGAAAAACCUCGGUGGAUACCGGGUGAGUCCUUCCUCCUCCACGAGCGGAGAUCACUCUGGCGGCGCCAAGGCCCGGGUAGCGUGGAUCAAGGCGGACACCAAGGCGAUCUUAGCGAUUCACGAACACGUCAUCACUAAUAACGCUCGUCUGUCGGUGACGCACAAUGAUCAGAACACCUGGACGUUGAAUAUACGGGGAGCUAGGAAGGAGGAUGGAGGUGUUUAUAUGUGCCAAGUUAACACGAAUCCAAUGAAGAGUCAGAGCGCCUUCCUCGAAGUGGUAAUACCACCGGACAUCAUAUCCGAGGAAACGUCCAACGAUUUAAUGGUUCCGGAAGGUGGUUCGGCUAAGCUGGUAUGUAAGGCUAGGGGAUAUCCGAAACCAGACAUCGUUUGGAAACGAGAGGAUGGCUCGGAGAUCAUAUCUCGUGCUGGCUUGUCUGGCGGCAAAACGAAAACACCAACCGCGGAAGGUGAGCUCCUAGUUUUAUCUAAAGUAACUAGAGGCGAGAUGGGAGCUUAUCUUUGCAUCGCCAGUAACGGAGUACCGCCAUCGGUUAGCAAAAGAAUAAUGUUGCACGUACAUUUUCAUCCGAUGGUUCAAGUACCGAACCAACUUGUUGGAGCUCCAACUGGAACUAACGUCACGCUGGUCUGCCACGUAGAAGCAUCACCCAAAGCCAUUAAUUAUUGGACUCGCGAAUCGGGUGAAAUGAUCAUCAGUAACAGCAAAUAUUCAAUGUCGGAGACGAAGACAUCUGCUUAUAGCGUGCAUAUGAAACUAGUUAUCAUGAAUCUUCAAAAGCAAGAUCUCGGUGGUUACAAGUGUAUCUCGAAAAACUCUAUCGGAGACGCCGAGGGUAACAUCCGACUUUACGAUAUGGAACUUCCGAAACAUACGAAAAAAAUUGGCGAUCGUCGUGGAGGGGAGGAGGAUAUGAACGAGUUCAUGAACCCAAGGGAUCAUAGCCUGAAUCGGAUUUAUCAGGGCUCGCUUAGGGAAGCUGGCUCAACCUCCGACCCGUCCGCCAUCGGAGGAGAUGAUUCUGCCUCGUCUACCUCAACGCUUACCGAAAGAUGCAGUUUCAUAUUCUUUUGGAUCUUCCUUCAUAUCGCAACAAAUCGACUGUUUGCCGUUUAACGACAUAAAUCGAAUAUCAAUCAUAUAAGGGGUGUACAAGGAUUAUAGAUUAGAGUUAAUUCGGUCAUAUUUUUAAUCCGAAUUAAACGAUGAACUCUUGUGCGUGUCCUAUGUGUUAGUGUGUGUGUGCAUGUGUGUGUGUGUGUGCGUGCGCGCGCGCGCGCGUGUUUGUGUGUGUGCGUUCGUGUGAGUGCAUGCGUGCAUAUGUGUGUGCGUGUAUGUGCGUGCAUGUGCGUAUGUGUAUAUGUGUGACAAUUACUUCGAUAGACGACGACGUUCGAUCGUUUAUAAUCUCCGAGAAAUCACGAACUUUUUUCCUUUCUUUUUCUUUUAUUUUCUCUCUCUCUCUCUCUCUCUCUCUCCCUCUCUCUCUUUUUCCUUCUUUUCUUUCUUUCUUUUUAUUUAGUAAUGAUUAUCGAACGAUUCGAUCACUUAUUUAUCUCAUCGCGAUUAUGAAAUUACGAAGAAAUUACCGCAGACUUUAUUGAUAUUCAUAUUCAAUUAAAUUGAUAUUAUAUCUGGUGGGAGAGAGAGAGAGAGAGAGAGAGAGAGAGAAAAGUCGAUUAAAUCGCGGUCGUGUGUGAAUUAAAUAUUUUAUCAAUAUUGUCACUAUUUCUCUGUCUCUUUCUCUCUUUCUAUCUGCCUAUCCAUCUCUCUCGUUAUCAAUGUUUCAUCUACCAAUAAUUUGUAUUCUUUAUUUGUAACUUAAUCGUUGUUUCAUUCAUUAUCGAAGCCCAUUCAUUAUUUAAAAUCAUAAUCAUAAUCUCCUCCUCCGAAUGUAAUCCGUUUUUAUUAUAUUAGAAAUUAAAUCCAAAAGAAAAGUCGUCGUGAUUAAUAUUCAAGGUAAAUCGAUUGAUUUUAUUGAGUUCUCGAUGUUACUAAUCCUAUUUUUUUUCUCAGGCUAGAAUGAAGAAACGACCAAAUCGGGGGUCUCUUCAUCGGUCAGGUACGUUAACUCUCUAUAAAAAUCCACAAUUUUAAUUUUCAUAAUUAAAAGCAAAUAUAUUAUAUCCGAAGAAAAUAAAUUAUUAAACUCCUCUCCCUCCUCGUCUCUCUCUCUCUCUCUCUCUCGUUCUAUCGGAGAUUUAUAAUAAAAUUUACAUAUACCCUUUUCUCGAAUUUAAACGUUGAAUUGAUUAUCUGACGAUGUAAAUUGGGGGAGAAAAAAAAAAAAAAGAAAUAAAAAAAUAAGAAAAAAAGGAAAGAAAAAAAUAAGAUUAAAACGAAACGAAACGAAAAGAUAGAUAGGUAGAUAUAUAGAUAGAUAGAUAGAUAGAUAGAUAGAUAGAUAGAUAGAUAGAAAAACAAGAAGGAAGAAAAAAAAAAAAAGGAAAAUGUCGAAUUAAAACGUAAGUGGAUAAGGGAGUAUGGAAUGACGGAUGGUGUUAAAAUAAGGAUAAGAAAAAUGAAUGAAGAGAAAGAGAAAAGAAGAAGAAGAAGAAGAGAGAGAGAGAAAAAAAAAGAAUUAGAAAAAGAAUAGAAUAGAAAAGAAAAAGAAAAGAAAAGAAAAGAUAAGGUCGAAGGUAACGCUAGAGUGUCUCGAUGGAAAAAUAACGCUCGUCGGGCUUACGCCCGCUGCGGAUAGCAGUUUUAUUUUCACAUAAAAGUGGAAAAAUUUCUCGCGGGAGGAAACGAAGCGUAGAACAUAGCCCGGGCCCGGAUUGAUUGUUUUACUACGUGCGCCCCUCGAAAUGAACCGCGGGACCGAGUUUGCCGACGGCGGCGGCUCUCUGUUCCUGAAGUCGAGCACAAUUUCGUGGUACUUUAAGAUAAAUUCUUACGAGAAAAAGAGAAAGAGAAAGAGAGAGAGAGAGAGAGAGAGAGAGAGAGAGAGAGAGAAAGAAAGAAAGAGAGAAAGUAUAAACGAGACGAGGGAAAACUGUACUCACCCUUUCCCCCUCUACUUCUCCAUCUCCACCUCCACCUCCUCCUCCUAUUUCCUCUUCCUCCAGCCUUUUUUUUUUUUUUUUACGGUAAGACAUUUCUUUUCCUAUCAAAAAGUAUCGUUCCAAGUAGUGCCUCGAAUUACUAACGGGUUACGUUCCUUAUCGAUCCUUGUGUUCGUCGAUCUUUUAAUAUACUAGGUGAAUGAAAUUAUAUCGAUAGAGUAAUAAUAAUAAUAAUAAUAAUAAUAAUAAUAAUAAUAAUAAUAAUUAUGAUAAUAAUAAUACUGAUAAUAAUAAUAAUUAAAUGUAUAAUUUUAUCUGACAAUUAUUAAUAUCGAUGAUAUUAUUAUUAUUAUUAUUAAAUUAUAUUACACCGUGUAAUAUUAUAUUGAAAUAUUACGAUUGAUUUUGUUUCAUAUAGUUUAGCUUGAUGUUAAAUUAUAUUUCAAUUAAUGUUAUUGUUUCUCGAGAAAUGAAGGAAACGAAAAAAGGAAGGAGAUAAAGACAUUCGAAUAGAAAAAGAAAUCAAUAAAUAAAUAAAUAAAAAGGAAAAUAAUAUUAUUUGUCAUUAAAAAUUUAUCACGCUUUGACAACGUCGUUCCAAUUAUUCGUCUCUUUUCUUUAAUUGUCUUUUUUUUUUUUUUUUUUUUCCUUUUUCUUUUUUGCCAUUUUUUUAAUCUUAUUAGAGACAAG